AUGGAAAAUAGUAAUAAUAAUAAUAAUAGUAAUAAUAAUAAUAAUAAUAAUGAAGAAAAUGAACAUAAUAUCAAUAAUAAUAGCAAUAAUAAUAUCAAUGAAAUUAGAAAAGAAAAAAAAACAGAUAAUAUACAACAUAUACAUAGUAAUAAUAAUAAUGAAGUUGAAAAUGAUACAAUCAAUAGUAAAAAAAAGAAAAAAAACAAAAAGAAAAAAGAUGUUGACUAUAAAGAUUUAUUAUUAAAAAUACCACAUAAUCCAGUUUCAAAUUUUAACUCUCUGGAAAAUGAAGAUAUAAAUACGCCACCCUCAGAUACACCAAAUAAUAAUAUUGACAAAAACAUUAAUGAUUUUGAAAUUAAUAUGGACGAUUUAAAAAUACCCGAAAAUAAAAAUAAUAAUUUAAAUAUAAAUAAAUAUAAAGAGGGUUUAGAUAAUGUUAAUUUAAAUACCCAUUACGAUAAUAGCAGUAAUAUUAAUGAUAAUAAUCAUAACCUCAACUAUAAAAAUAAAGAAAGUGAAAUUUCAAUUGAAAUGGGUGAUUUAAGUAAAAAAAGGUAUCAUAAAAAAAGUAAUAGCUUAGACGAUUAUCAGAGAAAUAGGAAAAGUAAAUUUUUAUCAUUUUUUCAAAAGGGAGAUAAAAAUUCACCAAUUUUAAGAUCAUCGGAGAGUGCAACCUCAAAUUCUUUAUUACCUUCCCCAGAAGCAUAUCCAAUUCACCAUUUUGGACAUCAUAAACGUUUCUCUUCAUCAUCAGAAGAGGGAUCAGAUUUUUCAAAGCAACAAAGUAUAGCCAGUAGUAUAGAGAAAAGAAACUCUGUAAAUGAUGGUUUUUCAGGUUCCCCUCUUAAAGAAUCCAGUACAAUUUACCAUUCACCACAAUACAAUACACCAAUAUCAGCAUCAGAUUUAAAUCAUCACAAUAAAAAAAAUUCUAAUAACCCAAAAGAAAAACAAUAUCAACAACCAUUAAAAAAAAAUAAAAAUAUAAAUAGUACUAAUGAAAUUAUAAAUAAAAAUAAUAUUGAAAGAAACUCCUCAGGUCAAAUUUCCCCAAAAUUCGAAUCAAUAUCAGCAACUGGUAUUUCAACAAAAAACGGUUAUAAUCCUAAAGUAACUGAUGUAGAACAUUAUCCAAUAACUGAUAAAAGAAAAAACUUCCAACCUCCAUUAACACCCUCUUCGUAUCAAAGUACUGGGUUUUCAUUUACGCAAUCACCAAAAGUUGAUGGAAAAAGAAAUGUAUUUAAAAAGUUUAAAAAGAAAUUAACAACAACUCUAAACGGAAAUCAACCAAUGAUAGGCGGUCCACCAACAAAUAGUGCGUUCAAUCAUCCUUUUGCAUCUUGGAAUAAUGCAGCUAACAGACAUAAUAAUGGUUCAGGUUUAAAUAUCAAUAACUCUUUAAACAAUAGCCCAUAUAAUGGUUACAACUCAAGAUCAAUAUCACACGACGAAUGGCUACGACAAUUUUAUCACAAACAUCUAGAAAAAUAUGAAAAGACCAAGUUUGUCGAAUACUGUAUAAUGAAACCUUGGUCACUAAUUAGUUGGAUCAUAAGACCUGGUAGAAUUGCAAAUUAUCAAUCAAAAAUUCUCUAUAGAAGAGCUUAUAUUUUAAAUUUCCUCAAUAUUGUACUAUUUGUUGUAUAUUUACUCUCGACCAUUCUUUCAUCUUAUGAAUGGUUUGUUUUUGCACCAGGGAUCUUUUUAUCUGUGGUGUAUUAUUUUUUUGGAAAAGUUAAUAAUAGAAUGUAUCUCAUCGCUUUUUUUACAAUAGCAACGGCAACGGCAAUAAAUAUUACAUCAGUUAUUUAUGACCUUACCCAUACAAGAAAAACUGAUCGAUUAAUUUUUUCAUGGGAUUUGUUGGUAAUGAUAAUGGUACCUCUAUUGUUUCCGUCCAUUGUAUACUCGAUUGUGAUGUUAAUUUUAGUAGCAGUUUCAUAUAUUGGAAUGGGUGUUUAUGUUCAAUCAUCUGAUAACUUUUAUUUAUUAGAUGCAUACAACGACUUUGGCGAACUAUUAAGAUCAAUUAUUAUAGUUUUUGUAAUUUUAACAUUCUAUACAAUUCUUUCAUCAGUGGACUUAAAAGAAAUUGAAAGAAAGGAGUUAAGAAUUCAAAGUUUAUUUAGAAUAAGUAAUGAAGCUUUAGUAGUACAUAAAGAUGGCUUAAUAACUGAUGCAAACCCAGCAUUUGAAUCAAUGUUCCAAAUAAAACUACAAGACUUAUUAUAUCCAAUUCAAAGUGGUAUAUGGGAAUUUUUACCGGCUCUCGAAGGAAUGUUUGAACCUGGGGCAUCAAAAACAUUUGACAAUUCAGACAUUGGUGUUAUAGAAACAACUGGUAUAGAUUCAAGCGGUAGAACCUUCCAAGUAGAAGUAAGAACAAACAAAGCAACAUAUGGUGGUGAACCAGUAGAUGUAAUUUCAAUUAUUGAUAUUACCGGAAGGAAACAAUUAAUGGAAGCAGACUAUGCAUUAAGAAAAGCUGAAGCUGCAAACGAAGCAAAAGUAAUCUUUUUAACUACUGUUAGUCACGAACUUAGAACUCCAAUCAAUGGAGUUUUAGCAUCAGCAGAUAUUUUAGAGAGAACCACAUUAGACUCAACUCAAAAAGAAUUUUUAAAUUGUAUCAAACUAUCUGGAAACUAUUUGUUAGAUUUAAUUAAUGAUAUAUUGGAUUAUAGCAAAAUAGAAGCAGGAAAAAUGGAAAUAAUAAAAUAUGAUUUUAGUAUUUUGAAAAUGUUAGAUAAUGGAAUAAGAAUAGUAUCAAAAAAUAUUUACGAAAAGGGUUUAGAGCUUUGUGUAUUUGUAGACCCAAAUGUCCCAGUUAUUAUCAAUGGUGAUGGAAGAAGAAUUAAACAAAUUUUAUUAAAUUUUUUGUCAAAUUCGAUUAAAUUUACAAACGAAGGUCAAAUUAUUAUUAGGGUUAAAUUAGAAUCUGAAAAUGAAAAGGAAUCAUUAAUUAAAAUAGAUGUAGAAGACUCUGGUAUUGGAAUUAAGCCCGAACAUCUUGGACAAUUAUUUGCUUCAUUUUCUCAAAUUGAUAGUGGUAAUAGUAGAAAGUAUCAAGGCACUGGCCUAGGGCUAUCAAUUAGUAAAAGGUUAUGUAAAAUGAUGGGUGGUGAUGUCCACGUUAAAAGUGAAUUUGGUAUAGGUUCAACAUUUUCCUUUACUAUCCCAUGUGGAUACUCUACAAAUAUACCAAAAUUCUCAUUACAACAAUUAGGUAGUGCCAUUUACAUGGGGGAAGAUAUCCAGGGCACAAAUAAACCUAUAGGUAAAAAGAAAUAUGGUGCAAGUGGUGUUGUUGGUAUUGUAAUUGAUGGUAAUCAAUAUAUAAGAAAAUCAAUUAGUCAAUUCUUUGCAAUUUUAAAAAUAACAUGUGUUGAUUUUGAAAAUAAAAAAGAGUUUGAAAACUAUUUAUCAACCUUAGUAGUAGCAGAUACACACCCAUCAACUCCACAGGUAUAUUUAGUGAUAACAAGUAUAAUAGAAAUCAAUCAAAAUACCACAGAGCAUCUACCAACAGAUCGUAUAUAUCAUUGGAUAUUAAUGGAAAGUCCCAAUGAAGAAAGAAAACUAUCAUCAGAAUUUGAAAACAGAAUUGUUAAACCAUGUCAGUUUGCAGAUAUUGUUAGAUGUUUAUACAAAAUUGACUCUGUAAACUUUUUUGUAGAUACAAUGGCUGGUAGUCCAUCAAGAUCAUUUAGCUCCAGCAGUAAUUCUCCAUCGGAACUUUCAUCGUCAGAACACCUUUUAAUGUCAUCAAUUAGUGAUAUCGAUAACUAUGAUGAACUUGAACUAUUUAAUCAAAAUGUUAUUGCCUGCUCAAAUCCAUUUGUUCAUCACAUUCAUAACAAUAUAGGUAAUAGUUAUAGAAGACACCCUCAUCAUCAUUCACUACCAGUUGAAAGUUUAGAAAUAUCACCAUCUUUUUUUAAAAGAAAACCUCAUCAUUCACAACCUGUAACACCAAUAACAACUGGUAUGACUCCAAUGAUGGGUUUUGAGAAGAGCCCUACCAAUACCAGUAGCAAUAGUCAAUUCUCAAGGAGUUCUAGUUUUAGCAAUAGUAGUAAUGCAGUAACCCCCAUUUCAAACAAAACAACACAAUCAUUUAUUUUUAGCCCAGCCACAAGAAGAUUUUCUUUAAAUGAUCCCAAUUCACCAACAAUAAAUAUGUUCCCUCAUGUUUCAAACUCACCAUCAAUGGAUGGUCCUUUCCCAAUUAACAUGGAAUCAGUUUACAAAAAGAUAGAAAGCCACAAUCAAAAUUUUAAAAGAGGUUCGAUUACGCCAUCACAUUCAAAUCAAUCAUCACCAAUAAUGGUACCUGACUCUUUAUCUACUAUGGUACCCAGCUCUCCUCACAAAUCCCCAACCACAAUGAAACUACCUUUACCACCAAGCUUUUGCCCAAAUGGUUCAUUGAAACCUUUAAAAGAGGAUGAAGUUUUAUCAUGUAUAUCUGAAAACUCACCACCCUUACCACUUAUACCCCCAACAACUCCCACUAUAUCUAGAUUCCCAUCAUCAACAAUGUCCACUAAUGCAUCACCCUCAUCAAAAUCCAAACCAUUAUCCCUUUCAUCAAGCUCACCUAUUCCACCACCACCACCAACAUUAUAUCAACAUUUGAGUAGUAGUAGUACAACAAUAUCCACACCAACAACCCCAACACAUAAAAAACCUACUACAACCACAACAACCACAACCACAUCUACAUCCUCAACACCUAAUUUUGGUGGAUUAUCGUUAAAUAGACCAAGUCAAACCACCUCAACUAAACACACUGAUGAAACUAGUUCGAAAUCAACAACAAGCGGCACAGCAACUACAUCAAAACCAUCUAUACCAUUUAUAGAGGAAAAAAAUGAAAAAAUUCUUUUAGUAGAAGACAAUUUUGUGAAUGUUAAAAUAUUUAGUAAACUAUUAAAGGAUAGUGGGUAUAAAUUUACAGUAGCAAAUAAUGGUAUAGAAGCUGUAGAAAAAGUUAAAGAAAGUGAAUAUGAUUUAAUUUUAAUGGACUGUCAAAUGCCUGAAAUGGAUGGUUUUGAAGCUACAACAAUUAUUAGAAAUUUAGAAAAGUCAAAUUCAAUUAAACCACCUCCAUCUAAAAAAAAUCCUCAUAUUGUAAUUAUUGCAUUAACUGCAAACUCUGGUUAUAAAGAUAAGCAAAAAUGUUUAUCUGUUGGUAUGAACGAUUUCUUACAAAAACCAAUCAAAACUUCCGAUACUUUAAUUCAAAUGAUUAAAAAACAUUUGGCUUAA